CCUCUACUGAAACGUUACAAAUGCAAUGUAACCGCAUGACUUACUGCAGCUGUGACCGGACCAGUGACACAGGAAAUCAGUGCACUGACUUUGCCACUUGACUCAGCGACCAUGGCAAGGACCAGCUGAUGAUGAGACAAUGCCAGAGACAGUGACAGUCUUUGGUGCUGACCAGAGGCUAGGGAAUGCUGUUGCCUCUGCCUUGCUGGAGGAUGGUGGUUUCACAGUGCGGGUGGUCGUGCAAGAGUUAACAUCUCCGAGCACCCAGCUUCUCCAGUCUGCAGGAGCACAUGCCUUGCUGGCUGAUGAGAAUGACCCAGGCAGUGUGGACUGUGCUCUGAGCGACGCGCAUGGGUGCUUUGCCAUCACUCACACCGACUUCAACAGUGGCGACCCUCUGCAGGAUGAAAUUCGACAGGGAUACAGGAUCGCGGACUUGUGUAAAAGGCACGAUGUCAGGCACGUUGUACUGACUGGGGCUCAUCAUGUCCACAGGAAGUACAGCCUCCCAGCCCGCCACCUGGAUGCUAAAGCCUGCAUCAACGACUACAUGACUGAACUCAAUCUGCCCAAGACGGAAAUAAUACUUCCAUUUUACUUUGAAGAUUUUCUGACAAAAUUCAAACCAAAACCAGCUGGAAACAACAUUUAUCAAAUUGCCAUCCCAAUGGGAGAGGUUGCGAUGGACGGAGUGAGCAUCAGGCAGAUUGGCCCGAUUGUGGCAGCCUUGUUCAGGAGCCCGGAACGCUGGAUCGGAAAGAGCUGCAGCCUGUCUGCGGGAAGGCUGACAGUACAGGAAUACGCACAGAUCCUCACCCGUCACCUGCACCCCAAGCAGUUCAAAGAUGCCCGGAUUUCACUCCGAGAGUUUGUGGCGUCCUUCGGAGGACCAGCGGCUCAGGACUUUGGGAAUAUGUUUGAAUUUUGGAAGAGAGGUGGACAGAAAAUGAAUAGUACUAUGAGCUUCGAACUCUAUCCAGAGUUACAAACAUUCCAGCAGUGGGUUUCAGAAAAUAAGACUUCACUGGUUUGUUAAAGGGCAGCUGGGAUCUAUGGAUGGAACAUAAUGCCCAUUUCUAAAAUGUUUCCAGAAGACAAGAUAUGGAUCUCCAUCAAUUGUGUGUACCAACAGAUGGAAUUCAGAAAUAAAGUUAUUCUUUCAGGUUGAUGUGUCAAAAUCUUCUCUUUCUGAAUCCAAUGAUCUUCGUGCACUGGGCCAACUCAAAUCCUAUGUGUAGGUCUCUGGUGAAGGAACUAUCAGAAAUGUGAUCAUAGGCAGAAACCUGAGUUUUUAGCAGCAUUGAUGAAUUAAUGUCAGCAUGGACACUGGGCGAACUCUCCAUCUCCUCUACAAAAUUAACUUGUUAAUGGUCAUUUGAGUGAUAGCAAAAUGUCUCGACUUAAUGAUACAUCUGCAUGAGUGCACUCAAUCAACACUACACUCAAGUGUCAGCCUCAACUUUUGUGCGCAGGUCUUUGGAAUGCGAUGUGACAAUGAACCUUCUGGCUGAAGGUCAGGAAUGUUGGUAACUAAUUCCAUCCCCUCUCCUGCUUCUGGGUUUAAGAGAUAAUGGAGAAAUUAGUAGGGGUUGGAAUCAAACCAUGAUUCUGUCCAACAACACAUUUCUACACUACGCUUCCCGAUCCAUUAAGAAAAAUGAAACUUCAUACAUUGGAGCUUGUAUUCAUUAAACGUGGUAUGUGAGCGAGCAUUAAACCACAGCCACAAGAAUUGAACAUCACCAUGUUAACUUGAUAGCAAUUUAUAGAAACAAGCAAUAUGCUGAGUU